GGAAAAUCCAUUCAGCCUUGUGUCUGAGAUUGUCAUGCAGGGGUGUUCAGAAAACUUGGGCAAUGGCAGCGUGGGCUACCGCUGGACAGUAUGCAAAAGGACCGAGGCCGUGUUGGUGCAGGGAAGCAUUCUGGGCUGCAACUAUACGUUUGGAAGUGGAAUCGAUCAGUCGAAAUUCUCUGGAGUGCAGUCGCGGUCAUUAUAUGUGCAACCUUUUGCUUUAGAACCACUCGACACCUACAUCUUCACGGUCUUCGGCCAGGCAUGCCCGCGCUCAGAGAAGAGUGCCAAUUGUUUUUGUGGCUGGUGAGGUAAUAUCUCCCUUAAAAAAUGGUUUGAUGAGCACAACUUGAAUGUAAGGCACAAUAUAUAUAUAUAUAAUAUGUAUAUAUGUAUAUCUGUAUAUAAACGUAGAGGGCUUCAGCAGCAAGGAAGACAACACACUGCGCGCACACACAGAAAAGAUCAGAAACAAAUAUUUUCCACAUGCACACACUCACAGGGUCGGCUGAAAGGAAGUCCACAUCCCAGCCACCACCAAUCCACUCUUGCAGUGCGUUAAUACGCUUCUCCGCUUCUCCAAGGAUCCUUUUUCAACGAAAUAAGAUUUCGUUUCCGUGGCUUCCUUGUCAAUCUAAAGUCUCCAGUCUCGAAGAUUCAAGCUUUGAAGCGAGGCGAGAGCCUUGAAGCGUCAAUCUUGCAGAAAGCCUGCGAACUUUUGGCUUUUGGCCCUUCCUUUG